UAAUGCCCAUGAUGUCAUUGAGAUCAGUAACGUCACAGGCGAAAAACAAGCUCCAUCCGCAAAAAUGAGCUUCUCAUGGGUCAACCUUAUACUAGUUCAACCAUGUAUAUAUUUCAUGCCAGCAACUUGAUACUUGAAUCUUAUGGGGCCAAAUUGACAUAUUUUGGACAAAUUUAGAAUCUUGUGGCUUGAUCAUGCUCUUGUAUUAACAAUUCGAUAGGAAAUAAUUUAUUUUGAAGGAAUCUCAUGGCACCAAAAAUGGCAUGAAAGCUCUAGUUACUGCUUAAAAAUUAGAUAAAUUCCAGGCCUAUUGUAGAGUUCAAUGCCAGAGCAGGAAGAUAACAGGGUGCAGAGAGACAAGAGUGAUCAAAUAUCUGAAAAGUCUUUGUUGAUCAAUUCAAUUCAUAAUCUAUAUUUAUGGAAGAUCUUGCCAUCAGUUGAUGACACAUUUCUCUUUAAAUACUAUAAUUAUUUGACUUACCACAUAUUUUUGGCAACAAACCCUUGAUAAUACUGGCAACAUUUUGCACUUUUGAAUCAAUCAUACUUAGAGAUGCACUUCUGGGAGUUGAUUUUUAAUUUUUAUGGUUUCACAACUCUUCUGUCAUUAGAGGAAUUGCCUCAUUAUUUUUUCAAUUGAAUUUUCAAUUGUUUUGAUAUCAUGCAGGUACAACUGACAAGAGUAAUUCUUGCACUGAUGCAAAUUGUGUCUGGUGGCAACAAGUUACUCCACUUCAACAACUUCUUCUUAAUGCCCUCAUCCUCAUCUUAGUGGCCAACCUUUUGCUCAUUGUUGUUGCCUGGUGGUACUAUCAGGCAAGAAUUGCCUACACUCUCACUAGAGGUCGUUCUCCUGCUGUUGAUGAGAUUCUGAGACGUCACACGGCUACAAAGUCAAAGGGAUCUGAUAAAUGAAUUGUUCCUAUCCUUGUUAUGCAUUAAGUUGAUGAAGAAAUUCUAUGAAAAGUAUUAGUUGUGUUUGGUUUUUGACACAUUCCAAUAUACCGUAAUUGAAGAUUUUUUUAUUUACUAGAUAUUACUUCUAAUAUAACCAAAACUAAAACCUAAGUAAACAAUGGAUGUCUUUAAGAAGUUCUUUGAGAAGAAGAAAACUGACAUAAAAUUUGGCAAAGCUGGUCAAGGAAAAAAGUUAACAGAGGCAAGCAGCAGCAGUGGCAGCGCUGUGAAUAAGCCAACUCCUCCACAGGCACGCAUUAACCCCAGCAACAGUGCUCAGAAAGCUGGUCAGGCUGCACUUGAGCGAUUUAGUGCUAAGCCUUCUGGCAAUGUUGACUGGUCACUUCACGCUAUCAAGACCCAGGCAAGACGUGAGAUGGAGGCAGAAAAGAAGUUACUAGAGCUCAGUGCUGCUGAUAAGCCUGGCACUGCUAUACCUCCAUCAACUCAAACCGAACGUCCCAUACAACCUGUACUCUUCACAAGCCCCUUUAGUGGUGAUGAGCCCGACACGUACGAGGUGGUGAAGGAGCGCAUCAGGGAGGCUUUGUAUGAGCAGCUGGCGGAGGACGAGAGCAAGAUGGUCGCUGCCUGUCUCAUCAUUUACACGUGCAACAAAAAUAAGGAAAAGAUUCAGAUAUGCGUGGACACUCUGCGCAAGUAUCUGCAUAACGUGAUAUUGCAUCCGUCGGAGGAAAAGUAUCGCCGCAUACGUGUUGGCAACCCCGCGUUCAGUGAGCGUGUAGCGGCCAUGCAGGGCGGUGUUGAGUUGCUGCGAGCUGUUGGCUUCAUUGAGCAGCAGUUGUCUCAGCAGCCAGACGAUCAGGCAGCCACCGAAACAUUCUACGUAUUCCCGAGUGACGGAGACGUGGAGAGCCUUAACACCGCCAUGGAGUGCCUGGAGGCAGGGGAGGCGGUGCGUCCUGUGCUGCACCGCAGCCCUGCUGUGCUGCUCCCUCAACAGGCUGCCCGUCAGCCCGUGCUCCCUCCCGAGUUUUUUACGCUCACCAAAGAAGAACUUCUGAGGGAAAUGCAACUCAGGAAAGAAGCUGUCGAGGAGUCGCUUGUCUUGAGGACCAAAGCUAUGCGGGAUCGUGCAAAUGCACGCGAGAUGCGUAAAUAUCGCUUCAGUUUUAUCAGAGUCCGUUUCCCCGACGGUCUCACUCUGCAGGGUACUUUCAAAGUCUCAGAGAAGCUCCAAGACGUCAGAGAAUUUGUUAGAAGUUAUCUAGUCAACGACUGGCGGCCGUUCCAUCUUUGCCUUAGUGGCGGGAAAAAGUUCAGUGAGGAAGACAAUGAGCGCACUUUAGCCGAGGUGUUCAUGGUGCCAGCGGCGUUACUGAAUUUCCAAUGGGAUGAGACCGUCUCAGAUGAGCAGCUCGACGACUUCAUAUUGCUGAAACCUGAAGCGCUUGAACAGCUCAUAGAACAGCAACCUGAGAACCAGUCUUAGCCUUCAGUAGGAAACUUAUUUACGCUAAGUUGAAUAUGAGUCAAAGCUAUAGGAAAGUUUGUUUAUUAUCAUUGAUGUAAAGUAAAUGAACGACGGGUUCAUUCGGAACAUUAAAGAGAAGCUAAUCGGAAGAAAUAUGCAGAACUCCUACGUUUCGAUACCUAUACUUUGACGUUUAAUUUGACAUUUGUAAUAAGUUUCAUCUAUCAAAUUGCAGGCAUAAGAAUUUGCUAAUUUGACAGGAAAGAACGAAAUAAUUAAAGGAAAAACAAUUUGGGAAACUUGUACUUCUUACAGUGAGCGAUACAAUCGUAUUAUUAAUAAUUUGAUGGUAAAUAAAUAGGUGUUGAGCAGAUAAACCUGGUGUGAAUUAAUUUUUUUAUGAAGUAUAAAUUUUUUUUCAUGAAUUGACUUUAAAAAAGAAACUGAAGUAUAUGGUCGAAUAAAUAUUGACGAAAAACUAUAUUCAGGUAUAGUGCGCGAUGCCGAAAUGCGUAAAGCCGAGCAUGUUGCAUCUAUUGAAGGACUCUUUAGAAACAUUCUAAUUUCAAAGGUAAAGAUUCCUCUUAUCUUUACGACAGAGAAUGUUUUUCGCGGUACUUAACGCUUACAUCAUGCUAGGAACGCAUAUAUAUUAAGAGCUUGAUUGUUUAAUGAGUUUUGCUAGCAUUGAAAUGUUCAAAAGUUAUUUGAGAAUCUGAAGCGCUAUGUCAGAAUAAUAUUUACUGCUUGUCUGCUUUGAGUUUGAACUUUAAGCGUUUGUAUGGAAUAUUGUCAUUUUUGGAUGUAUUUUGUCAUUUUCUGCAUUGACCACAAUUCAUGUAUCAAUCUAAACACGAAUUCUUCCAUAAAAUAUACAGUAUAUAGAUGUUGA